AUGACAGCUUCCGGUUCUCGUGGCCUCGAGAUCGAGCCACUUACUGGGAAUAACUUCCAAACAUGGAAGGACUCGUUGCUUUUGCACUUCGGCUGGCAUGAGGUUGACCUGGCACUGAGGGAAAGUAAACCAGUGGAACCUAAAAAGGAUGCCACUGGGUAUGCUGAGCUUAAGAAAGCGUAUGACACUAAAGUUGAGAAGUGGGAGAGGUCAAACAGAAUGGCGCUCCUAAUUAUGAACUUCUCCAUCUCGACUGAGAUUAAUGGGGCUAUUCCUGCUAAUGAAAGUGCCGCUGAAUAUUUGCAAUCGGUGGAAGAACAAUUUAAGGGCUCAGAGAAAGUGUAUGCAGAUGAGCUUUUACACAAGCUGCUUGCAAAAUAUGAAGGAAAUGGAAAUGUGAGGGAGCAUAUUUUGAGCAUGAGCAAUGCCGCGGCAAAGCUUAAAACCAUGAAGUGUGACUUGAGCGAAGAGCUGCUUGUGCUCCUAGUUUUUAGGUCAGUACCCUCACAGUUCAAUCCAUUCAAGAUAAACUAUAAUUCUCUUGAAACCAAAUGGAAACUAUCUGAACUCAUUGCACAUUGCGUUCAGGAAGAAGAGAGAAUGAAGAGUGAGCAGAAAGAUCAAGCUCUCCAUGUUAACUCUGCAAAGAGGAAGCAUGAGAACAGUGCUCAUAACAAUAAUGUGCCCAACAAAAAGCAAUAUUCCAAAAAGAAUCCUCCAAAGCCUAAGCAAUGCAACGAGGCAGGUUGUUCACGUUCCGCUCCUUCAGCGUCUGCUCCAGUUAAUCUUACAAAUGCCACUGGAGAAAGACUUUGCAAUUUUUGCAAGCAGCCAAAUCAUGUCAAGGCGGACUGUCCAGGUUUUCUUAAGUGGCUGAAUAAAAAGGGCAAGGAUGAGAUCACUCUUGUAGAUGAAUCUCUGUAUGUUGAUUUUUCUGAAUCUACAUGGUGGAUUGACUCAGGUGGGACUGUUCAUGUCGUGAAUUCUUUGCAGGGAUUCCAUAUAAGCCACACCCUAAGGGGUACAAGAAGACUUAGUGUUGCAAAAAGGAAGGAGGCUGAAGUUGAAGCCGUGGACUCCCUCACCUUGAAGCUGCACACUGGUUUCCUACUUCAGCUCAAGGACGUUCUUUAUGAGUCUAUGGAUGGUUUUGAUUCUUUCAUUACCUUCACAGAUGAUUUCUCUCGCUAUGGCUACAUUUACCCCAUACGUGAUCGAUCCGAAGCUUUGGACAAAUUUAAGAUUUAUAAAGCCGAGGUUGAAAAUCAACUCAACCUAAAGAUCAAAGUAGUACGUUCUAAUCAUGGGGGAGAAUAUUAUGGUAGGCAUGCUCUUUAUGGGCAAAUUCCAGGACCAUUCGCGAAAUAUCUUGCUGAAAAAUGGAAUUAUUGCCCAAUAUUCAAUGCCCGGUGA